AAGCAAUUCAAAUCAAAUCAAAUCUAGUUAUUUGUACACUAGCUUCUAAAUCUCUAAGCUCUACUUUUCCUUAGGAACUAUGGCUGUCUUCUCCGGUGAUCACUGGACAUUUAUCUUUGGCCUCUGUGGAAACAUCAUCUCCUUCUUCGUGUUCCUGGCGCCACUGCCUACGUUCUAUAAAAUUUACAAGAAGAAAUCGACGGAGGGAUUUCAAUCAAUACCAUACGUGGUUGCCCUAUUCAGUGCCAUGCUUUGGAUCUACUAUGCAUUUCUGAAAUCCAACACUACUCUUCUCAUCACAAUCAACUCCUUCGGCUGCUUCAUCGAAACCUUAUACGUUUGCUUCUUCCUCUUCUAUGCAUCAAACAAAGCCAGGAUACAUACGAUGAAGUUACUUGGGGCGUCGGUAUUUGGCGGUUUUGGUGCUAUAGUUCUGGUGACGCAGUUUCUGUUCAAAGGCGUAGUUCGUGCACAAGUGGUGGGAUGGAUUUGCCUGGUCUUCUCCUUGUGCGUAUUCGUAGCUCCAUUGUGCAUCCUGAGGCAAGUAAUCAGAACAAAGAGCGUGGAACAUAUGCCAUUUUUGCUAUCGGUUUUCCUCACACUAAGUGCGGUUGCAUGGUUCUUCUAUGGUCUUCUACUAAAAGACUUCAAUAUUGCUAUUCCGAACGUGUUGGGAUUCGUAUUUGGAAUUCUUCAGAUUUUGCUGUACGCCAUGUACAGGAAGAAGACUAUCCCUAGCCCUAGGGAACAAAAACUCCCAGAAAUUGUACUGCAAACCCCGCCUGCAGCUGUAAUCAUUCUGGGAGAAGAUAAUACUUGGAAUAACAAGAAUAAGAACAAAACACAGCUUCCUGAGCUUACCCAGGAACAAAUCAUCGACAUUAUGAAGCUUGGGUCCCUGCAGGUUUAUAAGGACGACAAAAUCAACGUGCCUUCAUCCGCGCAUUAAUAUCUCCUGGCCGGCCGGCCACGAGAAUAUAUGCUAAGUCACGUCGUCAACAUAUAUUUAAUUUAAUUAGGUUGUGAUCGAUGAUCGAAUCGCCCAUUUGUUUUUUGUGUUUCAAUUCUAGCACGUUAGUUACGUUGUUGCAUGUACACAUGAAUCGUAACUUUGAUUUUCAUGUCAACCUAAUCACAUAUUAAUGCAGUUUCUUUCCUUUUAAUAAACCAAGAAUUGAAUAUCCAUUUUCAUAUA